AUGCUUACUCAGGUUGUUGCUCUGCAGGCAAUAAUUGCCGCUUCUGCCCUGGCAGCUCCAAGCAAAGAGAUUCAAGAGGGUGCUCCUCAUGUUCUUGUCUCCAACCCUUCUAGCCAGCAAGUGACCUCAUCUGAUGCCUUUUCGUCUGGUGCCGGCAACAAUGAUAACGCCAAUAUCUACGACGGAACAGGAGAUGUUGGUACUGAUCAGUAUGAUUGCUACUACGGAGGCUGGGGUAGCUUUCCUGCAAAGUCUCAAUGGAUAGAAUUCGACGCGAUGUGGAACAAUUCAAAGAGCGCCAUGUCCACAUCUUGCUCUGACCUUGGCGUUGGAUCAUGCUCAGAUGGUGCAGGUGCAUUUGGCGAUGGUGACAACGACGAGCAAAUCGGCCUAAUCUGGAAUGCUAUCCAACAGGUUGCGGAGUCCUCGUUGGUGGAUCAUCGCUUCAUCCUUGCCACUAUCUUACAGGAGUCAUCUGGCUGUGUUAAUGUGUGCGGUUCUACCAACCCAGAUCCGUCGCAACCGGAUAACCCCGGCCUCAUGCAAUCGGAUGGUGGUUCUACGUUCGUCGGUAACUCGGCUAGUACGUCGGAUCAACAGCAGAGCAUCAUCCAGAUGAUCAUAGACGGUGCCCAGGGGACAUCUGACGGCGAUGGCCUUGUCCAAUGUAUCAAUCAAUAUGGAAAUAUCUAUGAAGCUGCGCGAUGCUACAACUCGGGCUCUGUGGACAGCUCUGAUCUCAACGAUGGCGAAGGAGCUACAAAUUCAUACGUCAAUGAUAUUGCAAAUCGGAUGACUGGAUGGCUGUAUGCUGAUAAUGGCUUCGAUAGCUGCUAA